CAUUCCCGUCACCCACAACUGGAUUAACUAAGAUACUCAACCACAGAUACAGAACAGCUAUUGUACUGCAUCAGUCAUGGCUUCCUCCAGCAGUCUCCUGUCUGAAGAUCAGCUCCAGUGCUCUAUCUGUCUGGAUGUGUUCACUGAUCCAGUCUCUACUCCAUGUGGACACAACUUCUGCAUGGUCUGUCUCAGAAAGUGCUGGAACAGCAGCUCACACUGCCAGUGUCCAGUCUGUAAGAGAGAAUUCCCCCAAAGACCUGAACUGUCUAUAAACACCUUCAUCUCUGGACUGGCUGCUCAGUUCAAGAAGUCAGUUCAGGUGAAGUCCAGCAGAGCUCCAGAGGAACCAGUACAAUCUCAGGUCUUCUGUGAUUACUGUGAUGAGAAACGUGCAGCUCUGAAGUCCUGUCUGAUCUGUAUGGCCUCUUACUGUAAAACUCACCUGGAUCCUCAUCAGAGAGUCGCUUCAUUAAAGAAACACAAGCUGAUGGAUCCUGUGGAGAACCUGGAGGACUACAUCUGCCAGAAACAUGAGAGACCCCUGGAGCUGUUCUGUAGAGACGACCAGACGUGUGUGUGUCAGUUCUGCACUGAGGGAGACCACCGGACUCACAGCACUGUUCCUAUAGAGGAGGAGAGUGGAGAGAAGAAGACUCAGCUGGAGAAGACACAGGCAGAAGUUCAGCAGAUGAUCCAGGAGAGACUGAAGAAGAUCCAGGAGAUCAAACACUCUGUAGAACUCAAUAAAAAAAUCAGAGAGAAGGAGGAAGCAGACAGUGUGGAGAUCUUCAGGGCUCUGGUGCGCUGCAUUGAGAGAAGCCAGGCUGAGCUGCUGGAGGUGAUGGAGGAGAAGCAGAAAGCAGCAGAGAGGCAGGCUGAAGAGCUGAUUAAAGAGCUGGAGCAGGAAAUCACUGAGCUAAAGAGGAGAGACACUGAGCUGGAGCAGAUCUCCCACACUGAGGACCACCUCCACCUCCUACAGAUUUACCCGUCCCUCUGCAGACCCCCACACACCAAGAACUGGACUGACGUCAGUGUUAACACUCCUCUGAGUGUGGAGAGUCUGAGGAGAGCUCUGUCUCAGCUUCAGGAACAUCUCACACAGGAGAUGGAGAAGAUUCCUGAGAUCAGAAUUCAACAGUAUGCAGUGGACGUGACUCUGGACCCUGAUACAGCUCAUCCUGCUCUCAUCCUGUCUGAUGAUGGAAAACAGGUUAAACAUGGAGACAAACAACAGAAACUCCCUGAUAAUCCACAGAGAUUUUAUAGUUGGGUCGGCAUUCUAGGAAAGGAGGGUUUCUCCUCAGGUAGAUUUUACUAUGAGGUUCAGGUCAGUGGGAAGACUGAGUGGACUUUAGGAGUGACCAGAGAGUCCAGCAACAGGAAGGGAGAUUUUAGAGCCAGGCCUGAGAUGGGAUUUUGGACUGUGUUGCUGAGGAAUAAAACUGAAUAUAAAGCCCUGGAUUCUUCUUCUGUCCUCCUCUCGUUGAAUCAGGCUCCCCAGAAGGUGGGGGUGUUUGUGGAUUAUGAGGAGGGUCUGGUCUCCUUCUAUGAUGUUGAGGUCAGAUCUCAUAUCUACUCUUUCACUGGUCAGUCUUUCAAUGGUAAGCUCUAUCCGUACUUCAGUCCCAGGUUGAAUGAUGGAGGUAAAAAUUCAACUCCACUGAUCAUUACUCCUGUUCAGCAUGAAUAA